AUGCGUGUGGUGUUUACAGUCAGCUUCACAGAAAUCAGUACGACCCUAACGUCCGUACAGGAGGAGAUUGUGGACCUUCACAAUGCCUUCAGAAAAGCAGUGGAGCCGACGGCCAGUAACAUGCUGAAAAUGAGCUGGAGCGCUGAUGCGGCUCAGUCGGCCCAAGGCUGGAUCAGCCAGUGCAACAUGACCCACGGUCCCUCGAGCAGUCGCAUGAUUAAUGGAUAUGAGUUGGGUGAAAAUCUUUUCAAGGCCUCUAAGGUCUCUCCGUGGACUGAUGUGGUGACUGCUUGGCACAGUGAGGUCAACAAUUAUCAAUAUUCCACUGGAUCCACCAAUGGCAAAGCGGUUGGACAUUACACACAGGUGGUCUGGUACAGCUCAUAUGAGAUCGGAUGUGCCGUGGCUCAGUGCGGAAGCUACAGCUUCUACGGAUGCCAUUAUUAUCGCGCAGGAAAUUUCAGAGGAGUACCUCCAUAUUCAUUGGGGACUUCGUGUGCUGACUGCCCGGACAAUUGUGAAGAUGGCCUUUGCACUAAUCCUUGCCUGUAUAUCAACAAAUUUAUCAAUUGUGAUAAAUUGAUAGAAAAGGCCACUUGUGACAACUCCUACGUGAACAAAUGGUGUCCUGCUAGUUGUCAGUGUAAAACCGAAAUCAUCCCUAUUGCACGUAAAUGAGUCUUUUAUGGCAUUUGUUCAUAAAAGGUCGACGUGUUUACAGCUGUCGUAAAUCUGAUCAUUUGCAUGUAGCGUUUCUUUCUUAAUACUGUGAAAUCAAAGCUUACUUACCAAAGUGGCUCGCUAUUCAGCACAUAAAUCAUGUAAUUUUCUAUGCGGUGACCUCAAAUAUGACUUUAUUACUUGCCAACUGAGAGAAAUGAAGAAGGAUAUAGUGAUUUUACAGCACUAUGGAAAUGGGCAAUGGUAUUGUUUUGCAGAAUGAUAUUACCUCAUCCUCUUUUUUAGUAAAGCUUACACAAUCAAGUAAAACCAUCUGUGUUUCA